AUGGAAACUGUAAUGAGGCAGUUUUUAUGGGGUAUUGUGAACAAUAAAGCAAAGAGAGGUUGGGUUGGAUUUAAGAGAUUAAAAUUGCCAAAAGAAGGAGGUGGAGUGGGUAUUAAAAAAUUGAGAUUAAUGAAUAAAUCUCUUCAUGUCAAAUGGAUUUGGAGGUAUGGCAAUGAGGAAAAUGCACUAUGGAGGAAGGUUGUUAAUCGCAAAUUUGGUGGAAAUGAAAAAGAUUUUCUUACUAAUCAAACUACUAAACCAAUUGGCAGAAGUCUUUGGGCUGGUAUUUUGAAGAGCAGAGAUCAGGUUGAGAUGAAUACUACCAUUCAUGAACUAAAGGAUGAAGAAAUAGAAGAUGUUGCUCAUUUGAUGGAUUUGAUUUCAAUUUUUAGAAGGGGGGAUGCUGAGGACUAUAGAGUUUGGCAGAAUGGUAAUAAGCCUUUUUCUUUGAAGGAGUGUUACAAGGAUCUGGAGAUACAUGGGCUGAUCUAUUUUCCUUACAAGUGUGUAUGGAACCCAAAAAUUCCACAAAAAGUGGUCUUUUUUGUAUGGAAUCUUUGUUUUGUGGCUGCUCCAACUAUGGAUACUUACAAGAACUCUAUCAUGGUCAAUGGCUGCCUUUUAUGCAAGAAAGCUGCAAAGACAAAUCAUCAUGUUUUUCUGCAUUGUGAAACUACCAGAGAGCUUUGGUGUUUCUUCUUGUCAGGUUACAGUUUACAGUGGGUGUUUCAAGAGUCAGUCAGGGACACAAUUUGGGAGUGGAAAAGAAAGAAAGGUUCACAAGGCAGUUUGAAGCAAAGAAUUUGGGACAUAAUUCCAUUUGCUUUCUGGUGGGCUGUUUGGUUAGAAAGAAAUGUUAGGGUUUUCAAUGGGAAGUACAAAACUUUAGAAGAAUCGAAGGAUGUUGUCAAAAUUCUGAUUUUCAACUGGUGCACAGGGACCAAUAUCUUUGAGGGAAUUUCACUCAAUACUGUAAUAAACAACUGGGGGUGGUAA